CUUGGUUAAUUUGGGGAUAUGGCGGUUAAUGAAGGAGAACGAUCUCACUCAAUGGGUGCACAGGGGAAUUGACAUGGCGAAAACAACCAUCAUCUCCCCCAGCUCUAAUAGGUGGUUUAGAAACAUUGGCUGAUGAAAUGAGAUGCAUAAAUGUGAUAUGUUCCUCUCAACAUCUAGAAUUUUGUGUUGUAUUACUAUUUGUAGACGGAACUCUCUCUGCUCAUUUAGCUGUAUGAUGCCCAAUAGGUUAUGGCCAAUGCUGAUACUCCUCGAGAUCCGGUAGCGGAAAAAAUAAUGCUGCACAAGGAAUAAGACGAGGAUAAUUAUUUCCAAUCAAAUGACGUUUGGCUAUAGUAGAGGUGAUGUUGGCAAAUUUAUCCCCAUAUAUAUACAUGCCUAUCCAAAGGCAUCUGCAAGUUUAUUUAUUAUUGACGAAGAAAUGAUGAUUAUUUUAAAAGUCGACAGAAUUCAUGUACCAAAAGGAGAAUAGAUAAAGCUGUUCGAUGAUAUUAGUUUUGCAUGUGGGUGCUUGAUCAGAAAGGUGUAGUCCAACUCAUGAAGAUGGCCACAGGAAAAGGCCGUGUGUAUAUGAUGGACAACCGGAAUUGGAAUAUGUGGAGACCAUGGCGGGGAGCCUUCUUCUGUCGCAUUCUUUGCAGAGGCUGGACUGGAUUAUAUUUAUGUUUCAUGUUCUCCAUUCAGGGUUCCUAUUGCAAGGUCAAUAGCACCUCAAGUUGCCGUCUGGAAGAGAAAAUGUGCCCAUAAUUUCAACUUAGAGACCCUUCAGGAUGGAAUUAUGGCUCCAACGACUACUGGCGUAAGCCUGGAUUAAAAGAUGGCAGUGGGUUUGUAGAUAAGGAAGAGUCAAGUCUGCCUGGCUGUGAAGUGUGAACCCAAACCACUUGUCACACUCAUUUAACUGUUCGCCACUGAUUAUGGUGCGCUUACAGUUGGGCCUUCAUUUCCCACUACAGCCAAAAAUUCUCUUGAAGGAACCGGCAUUUAACAAAUAUUCUUAUGUGUAAUUGCUUCUUUAGUCAACAUGGUUAUGUAUGGUUGCUUCAUUUUUUCGUCCAAAGACAACACUUUAUGAAAUAUCAUUGGGGUUUAUAUCCAAAUCUAGACCUACCAAAGAAAAUUUGUUUCAGUUGUAUUCAUACGCAACACCCUUUUUUCAAGUUAUUAUAGUCUUGAAGACUUUGGUGAAAGUCCUGUUUGAUGCCUCCUUACACAUGGUGGGUUCCAUUUUCAGAUUAGAUUAUUCAGAAAUUUUAGAUUCACUAGUACCGUAGCAGUUGAUCUGUUUUUUGUGUGCUGUUGGAAAACGCGCUCGACGAUGUGCUGUUUUGUCAACUCUACCCCACUUCUUGGAGCAGUUGGAAAGCACUUUUGUCUCUUUAACUACUUUCUCACUACCAUGCUGUUUUCUUUUCACCAUUGAUCUUUGUUUUGGCCCCCAACUUUUCCAUCUACUUCUAAAAUGUCUAGUUAGUUGACAUGAAGCCAGUCUCGCAUCAAAUUAUAGUGUAAUAAGAGAGAACUAGAAAGCCUUGAGCUUCUUGUCAUAUUGAGAAAGGUUCAAAAGAUCCUGAUUCUUGCAGCAACAUAUUUAACAUUUUACAUGUUAAGUACAGUGACCGAGAAAUUGCGGCAGCUCUGCUCAAGGAUAAGGCGGCUCAUAUGGAAACGUCCACGACCUAAAGUUAUUAUCAGAAGGUUUGGGAAAACCCCCAAAGAUCGAUGUAAAUGGAAACCUGGCAUCCAUAAAUCUUCUAUUCAUCUGAACCGCAAACGAGAUGAUUCGAGUUCCGAAAGGCCUAUCCGAAUUGCCACUUUCAAUGUCGCCAUGUUCUCUCUUGCACCUGCAGUUCCGAAGACUGAGGAAGCAGUAGUUUUCGGCCAAGAAGACGAAGAUUUUAUGAUGUUCAAGAAUCCAGUGGAGGUGGACACUCGGGCCAAGUCUGUGAACUAUCAUCCCAAGAGUAUUCUUAAGCAGUCUCCGUUGCAUGCCAGCCUGAGAAGUCCGGAGCAACUCUCCCCGCAAAAGAAGAAUCUAAUAUCAAGACGGAAGGUUUCCAUUAAUCUUCCUGAUAACGAGAUUUCAAUAGCACAUGGUAAAUUACUUGGCUUUGUGGAAGAUGAAAGAGUGGGAUCAUCAAAUAUUAUCGCUAGCAGAAAUUAUAGAAGCAGUGUAGUGUUGAGGUCUCCGGUGUGCCUGCCUGCCAAGUUCUUGACUCAGUUUACAGGUGAAGAGAACUUGAAAAGCAGCAGAAGCAUAUUGGAAGUGCUUAGGGAAGUGGAUGCUGAUAUUUUAGCCCUGCAAGAUGUCAAGGCAGAGGAAGAGAAAGCUAUGAGACCCUUGUCUGAUUUGGCUGCUUCCUUAGGGAUGAAAUAUGUUUUUGCUGAGAGCUGGGCACCAGAAUAUGGCAAUGCCAUUUUAUCUAAGUGGCCAAUUAAGAAGUGGAGAGUUCAGAAGAUUGCCAAUGAUGAAGAUUUCAGGAAUGUGCUGAAGGCCACAAUUAGCGUUCCAUUGGCAGGAGAAGUAGACUUUUACUGCACACAACUUGACCAUUUGGAUGAAAAUUGGAGAAUGAAGCAGAUAAAUGCAAUGAUACAAUCAAGCAACUCUCCCCACAUAUUAGCAGGAGGUCUCAACUCUCUCACUGGAUCAGAUUACUCUCCAGAGAGAUGGAUGGACAUUGUCAAGUACUAUGAGGACAUUGGGAAGCCAAGGCCAAAAAUCGAAGUAACCAACUUUCUAAAAGGAAAAGAGUACAUAGAUGCAAAGGACUUUGCAGGGGAAUGUGAACCAGUAGUAAUCAUCGCCAAAGGCCAAAAUGUUCAAGGAACGUGCAAGUAUGGCACACGAGUGGAUUAUCUUUUGGCAUCUCAAGACUCGCCAUACAAGUUCAUUCCAGGAUCAUACUCGGUGAUUUCAUCCAAAGGUACCUCUGAUCACCACAUAGUUAAAGCUGAAAUUGUGAAAGGAAGCAAUAGUCAUCAAGAGAGUGCAGUUAGACAAACCCAGAAAGCAAAGCAGAAAGUUGUUAAGAUAACAAAUCCUUGGCCUUCUAAGGGUAUCUGGAAGUUGAACACCUGAGAUUUUCUUCUUAGAAAAUUUUCUUUUUAAUUGCCAUCGUCUCCACUCUCCCUUUGUUAAUGAUUAUUUAUAAAUCAUCAUACUUUUUUGACAGAGUAAGUUGUACCUCAUAUAGAUCCAUAGCAACUUAAUAGGAAUAACUUCUUUAGAUUUUUGUUGCUGUCCAAGUCACCUGUAAUCUUGCAAUUCCCACAAAUCGAUAUUGCUCUAUGAAGUAAUUCUGUAAUAGUUUUAAGGAAAAA